AUGCCAGCUACCCCCAUCGUAAUCCGCCGUGAAGCCUCUCCCGAAGAGCUCAAUAUCGUCACUACGACGAUAUAUUCGGGAGGUGCCUCUCCCACUCCGAGUUUGACCACCGAAUCGAGCAGUUCCUCUUCGCAGCCUUCGGUUCCCCUUGCACCCAUCAUCGGUGGCGUACUAGGUGGCGUCUGUCUAGCGUUGAUUGUCGUGCUAGGAUGGAGUUGGUGGGGAUCAUGCAUCCAACGCAAAGAGGAAGAAAAGCGAAAGGAAGAUAUGGAUCGCCUGGCCGUACGAGCCAACACCAGGCGCAACGCCUCUACCUUCAGCGCACCCAUCUCACAAUACCAGCCUUCCUCGAAAUUAAGCUCUGCAGGCCGAAAGGUCAAGUUUGCAGCCGCCCAUGCCGCGCCGACGUCGACGCCUACUAAUGACCAAGCCCUCACGAACGAAAAGAACACAUCCUCACCCACGCUGACAAAGCCCUUACCCACCCCUCCCGACGAUGACUCCAUACUUGCCUAUAAUGACAACGACAUCGACGACCCAAACUUCAGCCCGAGCAGCACACCACCCCGCAGACCAUCCCCGCCGCCCACCCGAAGCACGCCCUCUUCCCGAUACAUGCUCACCCGAAAGCCAAAAGCGCCUUCAAAACUCUCUUGGUCGACUGUUGUACCACCAAGAUCACCAUCGACGAGCGCUAUCACCUCCACCACGGCUCUCAACUCUCCCGCUUCAACACCUUUAACGACCCCAAGCCCUUCCACAGUCGCCUUCACCUCUUCGCCCUUCCACGACUCCCACGCCGACACUGACUCCUUCUCGCCAUCCCCUCUUCUCCCCCCUCCCCUCGCCGCCUCCGCAUCCCAACCCUCCACCUCCAAUUACUCCCAGUCCUCCCAACCCCAAUACUCCUUCCUGCGCGAAAUCCCCGGUCGGAGCCAACAACAAUCCGUCCGCGCGCCCGGAUCGCUCGUGCAUAAGCCCUCCGCUGUGAGUUCCGAUUCGUGGUACUCGACGCAGAGUGGUGAAGAGCGGCGAAAGGUCGGACCGGCGAGGCGGUUGUUCGAUGGGAUUAUGCCGAAGUUUGACGGGAAUAGACUGUCGACGUUGUCGAGGAAUUCCGGAGGUUCGGUUUAUUCGACGUUGGAUUGA